AUGGAAAACACGUUCGACAAGACCGCCAUAGAGACAAUCGAUCUGCUCGAAGCCCGGCUUCGGCGCAUUGAGUAUGCCAUCUGCGGGCGUGUUGAGGAGGCUGCAAGUACUACCGGCAAGACCUCUGCCGUCAAACGCCUGGGGCAAUUGGAGCAUUCUCUACACCAGCUCGCGUCGAAAUCAAGAGUUAUUCAGGACCUCUUGAAGCUGCAUUCGCGGUACCCAGACCUAUUUCAGUCCAUCAAGCCCGAAGAUGUGCCUACAACAUUAGACACCUCCAGCAUUCUAGCUAUAGUCCUAGCUUCUGCCAGCUCCUACCCGUCAACCGCAUCCCGUUUGACCUCCAUACUUGAUGUGCCGAUUCCACCCACAGAGCUCUCAGCUCAGCUCAUUGAUGUUCAACCCAGGAUUGCAAAGGUCGGGGCUCUUCAAGCAGCACAGAGUGCAGAUAUUGCAGAGCUACGAGAAAGAAGCGCGGCUGUCAUUCAACGGUGGUACACGGUGGACAUUCUGGGUGCUGGAGAUAGCUGGGCAGAAUUUGAGGGAAGAGUCGGCCAGGUGGAGGCAAAGGUCAGACGUACUGCUUUAGCAAAGCGGCUGGACGAUGAUAUGAUCUGA